CACAUUUUUAUAACAAAGAAGAAGCAUAGCAAGUUGAUUUUGUUUUCCGAGCUAAAUUGUGUUUAUUCAUUCUGAUUUGUGAGACAUAUAAGUGCUAUUAAAAAUGGCUUUAGCAGAAAUUACAGGCAUUUCAAAUGCUAAAUAUAUGAAGAAAAAUAAUAAUCCAAUGAAUUUAUUGGAGCAGGCCUACAAUCUGAGCAAUCCCUACUGCCUUUUGGCACCACCAACCAACGGACCCGUCGAUAUGAAAGCAAUGCAAGCGGCAGGUGAUAAAACCGGCAUUAAAAUUGACUACGAUCACGGCACCACUACUUUGGGCUUCAAAUAUAAAGGUGGUGUGAUUUUGGCAGUGGAUUCGCGUGCCACCGGUGGACAAUUUAUCGGUUCACAAGAAAUGAAAAAAAUUGUCGAAAUCAAUAAAUAUUUAUUGGGCACAUUGGCUGGCGGUGCAGCCGAUUGUGUGUACUGGGAUCGUGUGCUCGCCAAAGAAUGCCGCCUGCAUGAGUUGCGGAAUAGAAAGCAUAUCUCUGUUGCUGCGGCUAGCAAAAUAAUGGCUAACAUUGCGCACGAAUACAAAGGCAUGGGCUUGAGUAUGGGCAUGAUGUUGGCCGGUUAUGACGAUAAAGGUGCCGGUCUGUACUAUGUCGAUUCGGAGGGCUCACGCUCGUCAGGCAAUGUGUUCUCGGUUGGUAGUGGCUCUAUAUUUGCUUAUGGUGUAUUGGAUUCUGGUUAUAAGUAUGAACUUGAAGAUGAGGAGGCCUACGAUUUGGGUCGACGUGCUAUCUAUCAUGCCACAUUUAGGGAUGCCUACUCUGGCGGUAUUAUACGUGUGUAUCACUUAAAGGAAGAUGGUUGGAUCAAAAUAUCCGAAGAUGAUUGCAAAGAGUUGCAUUAUAAAUAUAAAGAUGAGAAAAUGGAAUAAUUUGAUGUGAAUGUACUGAAUUUACAGAAAACUGCUAAAAUAUACGAUAUCGUUAUUUUUUAAUUGAAA